UAUAAUAACAGUUACAAUCUUUUAUAUUCACAUUUUAAUUUUAAUUAUCCAUUUGUAUUGCUAAAUUGGUGUUAUUAUUUAAAAAAAAAAAAUCAUUCUAUAGUAUAGAAUUAGUAAAGUUAGUGAUUUUUAUAUUUAGUUUUUAGUAUAUUUAUCAAUAGAUUAUAUAGUAUAAUGGUUAAGUGGAAUGAUGUGUGGUUGGAAAAGUUAAACAAAAAUCUAGUGAAAAUUCAAUUAUGGGCUGAAAAAAGAAACUCUGAAUAUGCUAUCUGUAAACUAUGCAAAAGUGAUUUAAAAUUCAGUUCAGUUGGUUUCCAAGCACUAUAUCAGCAUUCUUCAAAACCUAAACAUAAGUCAGUGUCUGAUCUAAGAUUUUUAAAAACUGCUUCUCAUUUAUAUGUAGAUUCUAACAAAAACUCUAUUGGGAAGAAAAAGUUAUACAAUUAGAGUUCUCUAUAAAUGAAAAAAUUUCUGCUGCAAAAGCCAUGUGGCUUUUUAAAGUGGCAGAGAAUGAUAUUAUAUUGUUCCAAAGAAUGUUUCCAGAUAGUAAAAUAAGUCAAGGUUUUACUAUGAGUCGACAAAAAGCUUCAUAUAUUUUGCAAGAUGGCCUUGGGCCAUUGUUGGAAAAGCGUUUAUGUAAUAGUAUCACGUUAAGUUAAGGUGCAUUCACUUUAAUGUUUAAUGAAACAACUACUUCACAACAAAGAAAACAAAUGGAUCUUUUAUGUCUUUUUAGGUCAGAAGUUGAAAACCAAGUUGUUACAAAAUAUUUAACAUCGCUGUUCUUUGGCAGAGCAACAGCAGAAGAUGUCAAAACAAUGCUAGCAGAUUUACAUCAUAAUGAAAGGUUUUAUUUACCACGGGAUCGUCUUUUUAAUAUUUCAGCAGAUGGUCCUAAUAUUAACAAAGCCAUUUGGAGAUUGUUAAAUGCUGAUCUUCAUAGUAAUGGUUUUAAUGGCUUGUUACCAUUUGUAAGUUGCACUUUGCACACAGUGCAUAAUGCUUUUCGAAAAGCAAUUGAUGUUGUCGGUGAGGAUGCUGAGCAGCUUGCAUUUGAUUUACAUACCUGGUUUACGAAUGCACCCUGUAAAAUAUAAGAUUUUAAAAAAUUAUCAGAUUGCAUUUUUAUUGACGAUGAAACAUUGUUUCUUCGUUUUAUCAAUACUAGAUGGCUUACUCUUUCUUCUUCACUUAAAAAGGUUCUAUUAAAGUGGGAAGACACCAAGAAAUAUUUUUUGGAAUAUGUUCCAAAACAAAAGGAGUAUAAAAGACACUGACAAACAACAAGCGUUAUAUUCAGAAUCAAAGAAGUCUUAAGGAAACU